UCCCAUACCACACCUCCCCGGCUAACUAACCGUGCAGAUCUAAUUAGGUGUCCCUUGAUGUCGAGCAUCGUCGCAUGGUGGUCUAUGUAAGCGGCAGACCAGCCAUAAUAAGCGAAACCUUCCUCUCUACUCUGGCAAAGACGAAAAUCUUCUGAAAAUGCGACAAUAACGAUGACGCCUGUGUGUAGAAAUGCGGACAAUGUGUAUCCUAAUCGACCCCAUUCUGAUUGUGGCGUCUCCGUAUCUACUGCGUGUAUGCUUCGACCACAAACAAGACAGCAUGCCAACCAGUCAGUCAGCCAUGGCAUCGGCGACUCUACACUGCGGCAAAGAUAUCAAUCAGCUACCUCUUUCCUAUUGCAAUCAUUGUAUCAAUCUCCUGGGCCCUCUGGUCUCUGGCUUCAUGUGUUGUCCAUCGCGUCACCUUGAUUGAUGCGCUGUCGGCUUUCUUGCCGAUAUCCCACGCGAUCUCCACUACACACCCAGGACUGCUUCAUCCCCGCCGAAUAGCAUGAGAGCGUUUGGUAUUCCAGUGGGGGUUGACGUCUUUAAUCAUCUCAAGCUACUCCACACUAGCUAAUUGGAUAGCUACCCCGCCUCAACAUACACCUUCAGUGGCGACAGCAUAGCCUUAUAAAAAGUUGCUUUACCCUCCUAUUCCUGUUCUCGUCCCUCUCUUCUUUACCACAUUUGGAUCUUUUGAUAUCGAAAAGCCAUCUACUCGUAGUUAUUCCCCCUUCUUCCCAUUGCAUAGCAUGAAAGAACUGCUAACCUUUACCAAGGCCACCCCGCGUUACACAAGUAUGGAGCUCACCACGCACCCAGAUAUGUUCUGUGCGCGGGUGUUAUCCCAAAACAAUCAAGGUAUAACCAGUGUUAAGUAUACUUAGCAUGAACCGGUGUUCGUCUCCAGCAAGCACACUUUCCCCUGUUGCUCCAUCGCUUGCGGUGGGGACUUUCAGAGGAGAUUCGAUGCUUGCUGGUUUCGUUCUGAGAUUAUACGGUUUUAUAACUUGAUCUGGAUAAUACCAGCGAAAGGAUCAUGCCUGUGUCUACUACGAGAAAAGAGCACUCUUAACCAGUUGACAGGUUUCACAAACAACGUUUGAGGUCAAUCAUUAAACAUGUCUCCUCCUGCUGCCAUCUCCCCUACUGCUUCUUUCGAGAACCCACUUGCCGUCAAUGGCAAUGGAUUCCCGGUCAAGAAGAACCUGGCCGUUCAGGCUGCCGCCAAUGGCCAUGCCAAAACCCUGGCUGAGAUGGAGAACAAUUGGGAGUCGUUCACGUUUGCUCCUAUCCGCGAGUCUCAAGUCUCGCGUGCUAUGACACGUCGAUACUUCGCCGACCUUGACAACUACGCUGAAUCCGACAUUGUCAUCGUCGGAGCCGGGUCCUGCGGCCUGAGCACUGCGUACAUUCUCGGCAAGAAGCGCCCGGAUCUCAAGAUCGCCAUCGUGGAAGCUGGAGUUGCUCCUGGCGGCGGUGCCUGGCUCGGAGGCCAGCUCUUCAGCGCCAUGGUCAUGAGGAAGCCAGCCGAUGCGUUCCUCAACGAUCUUGGCGUCCCGUUCGAGGAUGAAGGUGACUUUGUGGUAGUCAAGCACGCUGCCCUGUUCACAUCCACCCUCCUCUCCCGCGUCCUCUCCCUCCCCAACAUCAAACUCUUCAAUGCCACCACCGUCGAAGACCUCAUCACGCGCCCGGCCCCGACCCCAACCUCGCCCGACGCAAUCCGCAUCGCAGGCGUGGUCACAAACUGGACGCUCGUCUCCAUGCACCACGACGACCAAUCGUGCAUGGACCCCAACACCAUCAACGCGCCGCUCGUCAUCUCCACGACGGGCCAUGAUGGCCCCUUUGGCGCCUUCUCCGUCAAGCGGCUCGUGAGCAUGCAGCAGCUCGAGAAGCUGGGCGGUAUGCGCGGGUUGGAUAUGCGAACCGCCGAGGACGCGAUUGUGAAGGGGACGAGGGAGGUUGUUGGCGGGUUGAUUGUGGGCGGGAUGGAGCUGAGUGAGGUUGAUGGGGCGAAUCGCAUGGGACCUACUUUUGGGGCCAUGGUGUUGAGUGGUGUCAAGGCUGCCGAGGAAGCGUUGAAGGUUGUGGAUGAGCGCUUGGCCGAGAAUCGGGAGUAGGUUGCCCACUGUCUGAUAUUGAUGUUGUGGUCUCUUUGCGACACUCUUUUUAUU